AUGAAAUUCCAGAACCUCUUCUUUGCUGCUGUAGCUGGCUCUGCGGUUGCUGCUCCUCUGGCUAAGGAGCAGAAGAAGAGGGAUUCAGUUUUCCAAUGGUUUGGCGCCAAUGAGUCGGGAGCUGAAUUCGGCGAGAACAACCUCCCUGGCGUAUGGGGUACAGAUUAUAUCUUCCCGGAUGUCUCGGCCAUUACCACCCUGAUUGAUAAGGGGAUGAAUAUAUUCCGUAUUCAAUUCAAGAUGGAGAGGUUGGUUCCAGACUCGAUGACGGGGGCAUAUGAUGAGGCCUACCUGACGAACUUGACAACAGUGGUCAAUGCCGUCACUGAUGCGGGUGUGCAUGCUAUCCUGGAUCCCCAUAACUAUGGCAGAUUCAAUGGCGAGAUCAUUUCCACUGCAUCAGACUUCCAAACAUUCUGGAAGAACCUGGCAGGACAGUUCAAGAGCAACUCUUUGGUUAUCUUCGAUACCAACAAUGAAUACCAUGACAUGGACCAAGAGCUGGUUUUGAACCUCAACCAAGCCGCCAUCGACGGGAUCCGAGAGGCUGGCGCCACGGAGCAAUAUAUCUUUGUUGAAGGUAACUCGUGGACCGGGGCCUGGACCUGGACCGAUGUGAACGACAAUAUGAAGAACUUGGAGGAUCCCCAGGACAAGAUCGUCUACCAGAUGCACCAGUAUUUGGACUCGGAUGGGUCAGGUACCUCCGAGGCCUGCGUGUCUGGUACGAUUGGCCAGGAGCGCGUCACCAGCGCUACUCAGUGGCUCAAGGACAACAACAAGGUCGGUAUCAUCGGCGAGUUCGCCGGUGGAAACAACGACCAGUGCAAAACCGCCGUGAAGGGAAUGCUGGAUUAUCUGGCGGAGAACACCGACGUGUGGAAGGGUGCGCUUUGGUGGGCCGCUGGUCCAUGGUGGGGGGAUUAUAUGUACAAUCUGGAGCCUCCAAGUGGAGUUGCGUUCACGGGAAUGAUGGACGUUCUGCAAGCAUACCUGGGAUAG